AUGAAAACAUCAAAGAAACCAAUAAAGCCAAGUGAUGAAGAGAUAAAUGAAGCAGAGUAAGCCUAGAAAGAUUACUUAGACAACUGUCUUUUUAUCGGAGUAAUGUAAGAAGAAGAAAAUCCAAGAGUAUAGGCAGAAGGAGCUGAAAUUACAAGAAUGGAUAAGUUCUAAGAUAUUGAAGAAGCACAGGAAAGAGUGUUCGAUUAAACAAGGUAAAGGUUUGAAGGCUCGUUCCAAUAUCAAUAAGUUUGGUCAGAAACUCUAAUGAAUCAAGUAUAGCUAAGCAUGCAUAGAUUUUUCAAGUAUAUUGACUCUUAGGAAGCCAUUAAGAAUGAAGAGGUUAGUCGCUACAAGAAAGAGUGGAUGUCUCAUGCACUUGACUUAGUCCCAGAUUAACUCCUAUCUCAAUAUGCUGUUAGUGUUAAGAAGAUCUUUGCCGAGGUAUUCAGUUCAUAUGCCAGAGCUAUGAAAUAAGCCAUUUUGGAAUAUAUUCUCAGAAGUCCAGAGGAGCGUAAGCGCUUGCAUAUAGUUAUGCUGCCUAGACCUAUACCAACUGCAACUGAAAGAUAACUUAUGAGAGGAGGUUAUUCAACUGAUAAAUUCACUGGUAGUCAUCAAAGAAAAGUAGAAACUGAAAAUGAAAUCAAAUUAAGACUAUUGAAUAAUAACAUAGUGAUAAGUGGGCUUCAGUCUUGGUUCAGAGAAUUCAGGUCAUUUAACCUAGUUGAAUUCAGAGGUCUUAAUCAAUUCAUUGAUUCUGAUACAGGCUAGCCAGGCACAGCUUGCUAUGCCAUGGACAUUGACAAUUUUCUUAGUUUCUAGGAGUCCUUUAGAUAGAAGACUCUACAGUUGUUUAAGUAUAUAUGGCAUAGAGGCUGUAUUUUGAUAGUUAAGAAGUUCAAAUUCUUAAGACUUAGAGAGGAGCAGCAAAGAAUUUAGAAUAAAAAGGCUUCACAUUGCAAAUGGACCUAUGCUGGGUUCUAACCCACACCUCAUGAAAUUGAUGAGAAUGUUCAUAGAGAGUUGGUAAAUGACAUUAAAUGGGAAGAUAUUGAUAAGAUUGAUCUGACAUCAGUUCUUGGAAAGUAAACCAUGCUUUAGAGAUACUUUACUAGAACUGGCAUGGUACAUUAAGAUGUACAUCUCCACUAUUUCUUGGUUGAAAAUGGCUUUGAGAUCAAUGCAAUUCCUGAUGAAUAUAGAGAUGAACUUGAACUAGAAGACCUAGUCGACGUUAGAGAAAACUCCGCAUAUAUUGCUUUUGUCUCUAUGAUUGGUGGCUAUGUAAACUUUGAAGAAAACGGAUAUGAAAUUCUAGCAAGAGAAUACAAAAGAGAGCUGAAAUACUCUGCAGGUAAUCUGAUGAAACUACAAUUGAGAGCUGUCGUAGAUAAAUCACUUGAAACAAUCUAAAAUUUCUUCAAGGGAUUCCUGACUUAUGAGAAGGUUAAAAAGGCAGUAGGAAUGAAGCCUCUUAGACAUAUCAGAGCUUUUGUGACAAAGGACAAGAAGAAUUCUGUUGAAGCAAUGCUUGAAGAGGCUCAACGUAAGAAAAAGGAGGAAGAGGAGAAGGCUUCUAAACUUGGGCCAGGUGCAAGAAGAAUUGACCCUAGAAGAAACACAAACAAAUAAAAGCCAAAUAUUAACCAGGACUCAGAGAUAAAACCAGCUGAUACUCCUUGGGAUAUUGAUCCUGAGUUACGGAUUCCAGACUACUUCGACUAUUAAGACUUUGUCAACCCAGUCUUUAGAUUAGACUUGACUCUUGCCAGUUACUAAUAGAAUAUGAUGUCCUCUUCACAUAGUGGAUUCAUGGCUAAUAACAUUUAGCAAGGAGAUGUUUUGGAAUUCACCAAGAAAGAGAAUGAGAUUAUUGAGGACUUUGAGCAGUUUAUUCUGCGAACCAUCAACAGUUUUAAUGACUUCUUAGUAAGACCAGAGUUCGCAAAGGUCAAAGUCAUCUCUAAAAAGAGAUAUGAGGGCGAUCUUGAAGAAGAAGCAAGACUCAAGAAGCUGAAUGUGCAGAUUAAAAAGAACACUGGCAAUACAACCUCCAAGCAGCAUCCAGGAGCUUAAGCAAGCGGCUAGUAGUCUUUCUAUAAUGUAACCGCAAGUCACAAUUAAACAGCAAUCAGCAAUAGCCACAUGGGCGCUACUAAUAUGAAUAACUAGGGAGGAAAUGCUUAGUUUAAUUCCUAGAAGAUCAAAGACUUCGAUUAGAUGUUGUACAACAAUCAUGAUGAUGGUCAAGAUAUAUAUAGAAAGUAUCUUGGCAGAAUUCAGAUCUUUUAAUCUGAGAAAAAUACCAAGGAUGUAAUUGAUGAGAAUAAUAUGGGCGUGUAUUCAAAGCCUUAUCUCGAUAAGUAUUAUCAAAUAGCUGAUGAUUCAGAGCCAUACUACCAAUUGAUCAGACAAAAAGUAAGGAAAAUUGUGUCAAGGCAUCUUAAGGAGACCAAGAGAGUUACUGAGAUAUUUGAAUAGUUUGAUGCUAUUGUCAAGGGUUCUCUCUAGAAUAGAGUAAGAGAUUUCAUUCAAGAGGAGAGAAGAGAUCGUGACUAUGAAUUGCUGAUCAAGGAACUCAGAUUCUAUCAAAAGCUCUCUAUGCAGUUACCAUCUAUCGUAUUCUUCCCAAUGUUUGAAGUUGGCACAGUUGUAGUUAAAGAAGAAAUAUAGAGACGUAUUAAAAACUUACUUGCUGUAGUAUUCCGUAAAUUUGAGACAACUAUGAUACAACGAUCACAAUCAAUUUGUGACAAGUACUCUUAGAUCUGCAAGUAUCUUGAGAAGGUACUUAAGACUCCACAUGAUGUGGUAGACAUGGAACGAUACAAGAAUAAUCUAUUACUUGAAAUGGGCAACUUGCAAGAAAAGAUGUAUGAGAAUAGAAAGAGUGUGUUUUUCUUAAUGAGAAAUGAUAAGAUGUUUGAGGAGGAAAGCUGGCAUUUGAUUAAGGAGUUGCAUGAGUGGCCCAGUAAAUUGAAUGCUCAUAUGGAUAUCUGUGAUGAUAGACACAGAAAUGAAAGAAACGACAUUGAAAAUUAUGUUGUCAAAAAGAGAGAACUAUUUGAAACAAACAUUGGUGCUCUUGAGGAAAAUAUUAAAGAAGUAGGGUAAUGGGGUGAGCUCAACAGCUAUAGAAUGGUUAUUAAUAAGAUUCUUGACUAUCAAACACAAAUAGAUUCAUAUGAGGAGUAAAUGCUUGAGAUUUCUCAAGAAGAGAUGAUGCUGUUUGGAUUCAAAAGUGGUUAUGAGACAUUCCACAGAGUCAAGAAGUUCUUCACUCCAUUCUAUGAGUUGUGGACUAAUGUUUCAGAGAUCAUGGUCAAGAAGCGUCAAUGGAUGGAGAGUGCUCUUAGCAACAUCGAUCCUGAUGAAGUAGAUGGUAUGAUCAAGCAGUCAAUUAAAGGUUUGCAAAAACUCUAAAAACACUUAAAGGAAAACUAACUUGCUCAAAAAGUCAUAACCUCUCUCACAUAAGAAGUAAAUGACUUGAAUGAAUGGCUACCAACUAUUGAGGUACUGUGUAAUCCUAGCUUGAAACCCAGACAUUGGGCGAUGAUUCAAAACAUAGCCAAAGCUAACUUUAACUAUAAGGAGAUUUCACUUAAUGAAGUCAAGUAUUUCAAUAUCAAGGAAUAUCUAGAUCUGCUUGCUGAGAUUAGUGAAAAGGCAAAGAAAGAAAGCAGACUUGAGAAAAUGCUUGAUAAGAUGGAGUCUGAAUGGGCUGACUUGAGAUUUGAGCUGACAACUUUCAGAGACACUGGAAUCCCAAUCUUGCAAGGAUAGAAUGUCGAGGAGAUUUAACUAUUGCUAGAUGAGCACACUCUUACAGCCCAGACUAUUAGAGGAUCCCCAGAUGUUGAGCCAAUGUAGGAAAGAGCUAUUCAAUGGGAGAAGCUAAUGAUCUUCUUAUAAGAAGUACUGGAUGUCUGGAUCAAGGUCCAAGCCAACUAUCUUUAUUUAGAACCAAUCUUCCACAGUGAGGACAUCACCAAGAAACUGCCAGUAGAAGCAACUGAAUUUACAAAGAUAGAUAAGAUGUGGAGAGAUUGCAUGACUAAAGUUCAGCAGGACACACUCGUGACUCAUCUUAAUAAGAUAAAAAAUAUUCAAGUUAACUUAGAGGAUGCUAAUAGUGCAUUAGAAAGAAUCCAAAAGUCUUUGAAUGAGUACCUAGAGACUAAGAGACAGUACUUCCCCAGAUUCUAUUUCUUGUCAAAUGAAGAUCUAUUGGAGAUACUGGGUGAUAGUAAAAAUCCACACAAGGUCUAAAGACAUCUUAAGAAGUGCUUCGAGGGCAUCAAUGAAGUGGUGUUCAGAUAGAAUGUAAAAGAAGGAGAGGAAGAUGACUAGUUAGAGGACAAUGAUGAGAUAAUUGGACUAAUUAGUAGAGAGAAUGAAAGAGUCGAGCUGGUGAAAUCCAUAUUCCCUCACGAAGUGAGAGGUAACGUUGAAGUGUGGUUGCUAGAACUAGAGAAUCAAAUGAAACUGUCUAUAUAGCAUGUGAUUGCCGAGAGCAUCAACGACUACAAGACCAUCAGAGACUCAAGAGAAAGAUGGAUCUCUAAUUGGCAAAGUCAAGUAGUCCUGGCUGUCUCUUAGAUUCAAUGGACUAGAGCAAUUGAAGAUGGUCUUAAGAAGGAUGGAACAAGAGGACUAUAGAGUUACUUUGAAAAGUGCUAGAAACAACUUGAUGAGAUUGUGAACCUGGUCAGAAAUGAUCUGCCUAAUUUGACUAGAAUGACUCUAGGGUCUCUCAUUGUAAUUGAUGUGCAUGCCAAGGACACACUGGAGGCUUUGAUUCAAGAGCAAAUAUCGUCAGUUGAUGAUUUCUCGUGGCUUGCUUAACUCAGAUACUACUUUAUUCCAAGUCAAUAGCACGUUGUUGCGAAGAUGAUCACAACAGUUCAAGACUAUGGCUAUGAAUACCUAGGUAACACGUCAAGACUAGUUAUAACUCCAUUAACUGACAGAUGCUACAGAACUCUAAUGUCUGCUUUACACUUAAACCUCGGAGGUGCCCCAGAAGGUCCAGCAGGUACAGGCAAGACUGAGUCAACUAAAGAUCUAGCCAAGGCAAUCGCUGUUCACUGCAUGGUCUUUAACUGUGCUGAGGGUCUUAAUGCUAAAGCGAUGGCUAAGUUCUUCAAAGGUCUCGCAAGUGCAGGAUCUUGGUCUUGCUUUGAUGAGUUCAACAGAAUCGAGCUAGAAGUGCUUAGUGUCGUAGCUCAGUAGAUACUAGAAAUCCAAAGAGCCAAAAAUCAGCAGAAGGAGAUGUUUAGGUUUGAAGACUCAGAUAUUGUGCUUAAGUCUUCUUGCAAUGUUUUCAUCACAAUGAAUCCCGGCUAUGCUGGCAGAUCUGAGUUGCCUGACAACCUUAAAGCCUUGUUCAGACCUGUAGCUAUGAUGAUGCCUGACUACACUAUGAUUGCUGAAAUUUCACUGUAUUCAUUUGGAUUCUUCGAAAGCAGAAACCUAGCUAAGAAGAUUGUCGCUACUUACAGACUUUGCUCAGAGCAACUGUCCUCACAGUACCAUUAUGACUAUGGCAUGAGAGCAGUUAAAGCAGUCCUUACAGCUGCGAAGUCUCUAAAGCAACGACACCCCUCAGAGAGAGAAGACAUCUUGAUCCUGCGAUCAAUUAAUGACGUGAAUCUGCCUAAGUUCCUUGCUCAUGAUAUCCCCUUAUUCCAGGGUAUAAUUGAAGAUCUCUUCUAAGGCAUCUAGAUGACUGACAUCCAGUAUGGCUCACUUGACACUCAAAUUAGGAAGGUAGUAAAAGAGAUGAACCUCUAAGAAAUAAAAUCUUUCAUUGAGAAAGUAUUCCAGCUUUAUGAGAUGAUUAAUUGCAGACAUGGACUGAUGCUGGUCGGACCACCUUAUGGAGCUAAAACAGUCUGCUAUAGAGUACUUGCUAAAGCCAUUACUAAUGUAGCCAAAGAAGAUCAUAAAUAUGGUGAACUCCCAGUAGAUACUUAUGUGCUAAAUCCAAAGAGUAUUUCACUAUCAUAACUGUAUGGAAGCUUUGAUCCAAUUUCCCAUGACUUCGCAGAUGGCAUUCUAGGCCAGAUCUUUAGACGCUGUGCAUAUAAAGAUAUGGGCAAGUCUCGUAGAUGGAUAGUAUUUGAUGGACCAGUUGAUGCUGAAUGGAUCGAAAAUAUGAAUACUGUCUUGGAUGACAACAAGAAACUCUGUUUACUUAAUGGUGAGAUCAUUAUGAUGAAUGACUAGAUGAACUUGAUAUUUGAAGCUCACGAUCUAUCCCAGGCUUCACCUGCCACUGUGUCCAGAUGUGGUAUGGUCUAUAUGCAACCAGAGAACGUAGGCUGGUAAGCUCUGCUUCAAAGCUGGCUCGAAACUCUUAAGAUUAAAUGUAAGGGUUCUCAGGGAGAGACAUUUGAUCCUUCUAUUAUUAAACGCAUGGAAGACUUGUUCGAGAUAUUCUUUGUGUAAACUUUUACUUUCUUGAGAAAGAAGUGCACCACCUAUGUCCCAGUUCUAGAGGUACAAAUAGCUCACAGUAUGAUGAAGCUAUUCUUAGCUAUGCUCGUCAAUCCACUAUUCCUGGAAAUGGCUUAUAAUCCAAAGAUAAAGAAUGAGGAUGUAGUCAAUCGCAUUGACAUGUUCUUCCUCUUCGCUCUGUUUUGGUCGGUUGGUGCCAUUUCAGAUGAAAAUGGCCAGAAAAACUUCUCAUAUUUCUUAAGAAAAAUAUGCACUGAUGUGUAUAAGGUCAGAUAAAAUAAAUCUCUCAAAAUCGAUAAACAAUCUCAAAUCCCUGAUGGCGGGACCAUAGUAUAGAACUACUAUAUUGAAGAGCACAGAUGGAUAAAUUGGAAAGACAUCUUGGAUAGAAAUGACUAGAACAAGGAAUUCGACCCAUCCUUGACAUAUCAUGAAUUGAUAGUCCCCACCACUGAAAACCUAAAGAAUACUUUCCUUCUUAACCUUUGCAUUAAGAACGGUAUUCCCAUAAACUUUGUGGGCCCAACAGGAACUGGUAAAUCUGUUCUUGUAUAGAAGUACUUAAGAUCUUUACCCUAUGACAGUUACUCAACUGUAUUCAUUUGCUUUAGUGCUAAGACUACUGCCAACUAAACUCAAGAAAUUAUUGAUGGAAAGCUUGAAAAAAGAGGUAGAAGAGUAAUGGGCCCUCCACUUGGAAAGAAAUGUGUUAUUUUCGUAGAUGAUCUGAAUAUGCCAGCCUAGGAGAAAUAUGGAGCUUAACCCCCUAUUGAACUUUUAAGACAAUGGAUGGAUCAUAAGGGAUGGUAUGAUACAAAAGAAAAAGAAAAGACCUUCAAGGAACUUAUAGAUUUGAUCUUUGUAACAGCAAUGGGUCCUCCAGGGGGUGGCAAGAAUCCAAUUACACCCAGAUAUUUAAGGCAUUUUAAUCUAGUUGCAAUCAACAAUUUCGAAGAGUCUUAACUUCAGAGAAUCUUUUCAAAGCUCAUGGACUGGCAUUUAAAGCGAGGCAAUUUUUCCCCAACCUCGGAUGUAUUCAGAACUCUGUCGGCUUGCGUGAAUGGAGCAGUAGAUGUAUUCCUGUUCGCUUAAUAAGAAUUAAGACCUACACCUGCUAAGUCUCACUAUUUGUUCAAUCUAAGAGAUCUGAGCAGAGUCAUUUAAGGCAUAUAAAUGGUCAAGAAAGAAGAACUUACUGACUCCAAGAAAGUAUUGAGAUUAUGGGUGCAUGAGAUAGCAAGAGUGUUUUCAGAUAGAUUCAUUAACGACGAAGAUUAGCAACUACUCUAUGAUAAACUAUUCCAGUCUUGUCGUGAAAAAGUCAAAGACGAUCUGAUCUCUGCUUUGAAGAUAGCUUUUGAGGACAAGAAGCAAAAGGUCGAGUAAAACAAGGAAAUUAUGACCAGACAUCUAAUGUUUGGAGAUGUCCUUGGAGAAGGUAUCUCAACCUAAGAUAGAAGAUUUGACGAAAUUCUUCCAGGUCAAAAGUAACUCCUUACUGAUAAAAUGGGAAGUUAUCUGGAUGACUUUAACUCAGUCUCAAAGAAACCUAUGAACCUAGUCCUCUUUGAUUUCGCAAUAAUGCAUGUGCUGAGAAUAUGCAGAAUAUUAAGAAUGGCAAGUGGAAAUGCCUUCUUAGUUGGAGUUGGUGGAUCAGGUAGAUAGAGUUUAUCAAAGCUAGCUACCUACAUUUGUGACUACAGACUGGUAGAGACUGAGCAAUCCAAGAAUUAUAACAAUGAUCAGUGGAAGGAGGAUAUGAAGAGAUUGGUUACGCUUGCUGGCUAAGACAAUAAAAAUUCAGUGUUCCUACUCACAGACUCCUAGAUCAAGUUUUCAUUCAUGCUUGAGGAUAUCAAUAAUCUCUUAAAUGCUGGAGAAAUACCAAAUCUCUUCCCAGCUGAUGAAAAACUCCAAAUCAUUGAGAAGCUUAGACCAUAAGCGAAACGUGAAGGUAGAAUGAACUUGUACAAUAAUGGAACUAAUGAAUAGUUCUCCGAUUACUUCGUAGAGAAAACAAAGCAACAUCUACACAUAAUUCUGGCUAUGAGUCCAAUAGGAAGCACCUUAAGAGAAAGAAUAAGAAACUUCCCAUCAUUAGUCAACUGCUGUACCUUCGACUGGUUCACUAGAUGGCCAGAAGAUGCUUUAGAAGCAGUAGCUGAAAGAUUCCUUUCAGAAGGUGAAAUUGAAGAUCAUGAGAGAGAGUCUAUUAUCAAGCUAUGCAAGAAAAUACAUACUGAUAUGAUUGAUCUUAGUCAGAAGUACCUUACUGAAUAAAAGAGACAUAAUUAUGUCACUCCCACAAGUUACCUUGAACUAAUAUUGACAUAUAAGGAAUUACUCAAGAAGUCAAGAUAAAAAACUCUCACAUUAAAGUUGGGCUACGAUAAGGGUAUUGAGAAGCUACUUUUUACCGCUGAUGAAGUUCAAAAGAUGCAAAUAGACCUUAAUGAAAAGUAACCGAAACUCGCUUAAAUGACUAUUGAAACAGAUAUCCUUAUGUAAAAGAUCCAAAAGGAAUCAAGUGAAGUAGUAGAACCAAAGAAGAUCCAAAUAUAAGAAGAGGAAGCCAUAGCCAAUCAAAUGGCUUAAGAAGCUCAAACUAUUAAAAUUGAAUGUGAAAACGACUUAUCAAAAGCCCUGCCAUUAGUUAAAAAGGCUUAAGAAGCAUUGAACACUAUCCAGCCAUCACAUAUUAACGAAGUUAAAUCACUGGGCAAACCACCUGAGCCAAUCAAAAAGGUGCUUCAUGCUGUUUGCAUAAUGAAUCAGAGGAAGGUUGAAAGGACUCCCAAGAAGGAGAACCCCAAAGAGCUGGAGGAUAAUUGGUGGUUCACAUCUUAGAAGUUUAUGAGCGAGAAAGGCUUCUUAGAAACACUGCUUGAAUAUGAUAAAGACCACAUUCCAGAAAAAGUUAUGAACCAAAUUAGGUAGAAUUUCUUAAGUGAUCCUGACUUCAAACCAUAAAGAGUUGAGAAGGCAUCGUUUGCAGCAAAGGGUCUUUGCAUGUGGAUCAGAGCGCUAGACUAAUAUGAUAGGGUGGCCAAGAUUAUUGCACCAAAAAGAUAGAGAGCUCAGGAAGCUGAAGCAAAGUAUAGAGUCACACUUGAAGGUUUAAAGAAGAAGUAAGCAGAACUUAGAGAAAUCGUAGAGUAAUUUGAGAUGCUCCAAUCAUAACUAGAGGAGACAUCAAGAAAGAAGCAAAAACUGCAAGAUGAUAUUGAGGACUGCAGUAGGAAACUAGACAGAGCUUAGACUUUAUUAGUUGGACUUGGUGGAGAGUAAAAGAGAUGGGAGGAUGCUACAAUAGAAUUGGGCAAAGUGUAUGAUAAUCUCAUUGGAGAUAUCCUGCUAUCAUCGGCCGUAAUUGGUUAUCUUGGAGCAUUCACGAGUAUAUAUAGAAACAGUACCGUGACUUAAUGGAUAAAUGAUCUGAGAAGUCUGAGAAUCAGCUCUUCACAAGGCUAGUUCAGUUUGCAAAACAUUCUUGGAGAGCCAGUAACAAUCAGGCAAUGGAAUUUAUGUGGAUUGCCUACUGAUUAGUUCUCUGUAGAUAAUGGUAUCAUAGUGUAUAAUUCUAGAAGAUGGCCUCUAAUGAUAGAUCCAUAAGGCCAAGCCAAUAGAUGGAUCAAGAAUCUAGAAAGCACAGAAAAUAACAAAAGUCAUACUAAACUUAACAUAGUGAAAUUGAGUGAUCCAGACUUUGUAAGGCAAUUUGAACAAGCAAUCUAGCUUGGCUUCCCUAUUCUGUUAGAAAAUAUUGGAGAGGAAUUAGACCCUAUUCUUGAGCCAUUACUCAUGAAGUAGACUUUCAAGUCAGCUGGAAUAAUUUCAAUCAAUUUCGGCGACAACGUGAUUGAGUACUCUCCUGAAUUUAGACUCUACAUCACAACCAAGUACUCAAACCCACAUUACCUGCCAGAACUUUCAACUAAAGUAACUCUGAUCAAUUUUAUGAUCACAUUUGACGGACUUAAAGACUAUCUAUUGAAUUUGGUAGUGUAAAAGGAAAAUGCCGCUCUUGAUGAUGAAAGACAAAAGCUGAUUAUUCAAACCUAUGAAAACAAUAAGCAGCUAAAGGAUAUUGAGAAUAAGAUAUUGGAUGUCCUCAGAUCUAGUUAGGGCAAUAUCUUAGAUGAUGAGAAGGCUAUUGAUGUUCUCAAGUAAUCGCAAGAGUUAUCCAAUCAGAUAAAGGAAAAGCAGGAAAUCGCUUAGGUCACAGAAAAGAAACUCGAGGAGGCUCGUAAGCUCUACAUGCCUAUUGCCAGCCAUUCAAGUCUGCUGUUCUUUAUCAUUUAAAAGUUGUCCCAAGUGGAUGUGAUGUAUUAGUACAGUCUGACCUGGUACAUCUAAUUGUUUAUGAUGGCUAUUGACAACUCAGAGAAGUCAGAGUACAUUGAGCAGAGAAUAGAGCAGUUAAAGCAGUUCUUCACUUACUCUCUGUAUUCGAAUGUGUGCCGAUCAUUGUUCGAAAAGCAUAAGCUACUAUUUUCAUUUAUACUUACUGCUAAACUCAAGGAGUCUGAAAAACUAGUGAACCCAGCCUACUAUGAUUUCCUGAUAAUGACACAGCCAGGCUUAGAAAACCCCAUUGAGAUGGACAACCCAAGCGAGGAUUGGCUGCCUAAUCAGACUUGGAACAAGCUCUGUGAGCUAUCACUCAUUGAUUCUACAUUCAGCAGCAUAGUUAAUGAUUUCGGCAAAUUUGAAGAAUAAUGGCAGAAGAUAUUUGAGAGCAACUCUCCAAACAAGGAAAAUUUCCCUCCCUUUAAAGAGUCAAAGCAGUUUGACUUCUUCUAAAAGCUCUGCAUCUUAAAGGUACUCAGACCAGACAAGCUUAUUCCAGCAGUCAAGGAGUAUGUGAUAUCUGAGAUGGGCGAGCAGUUUGUAACUCCUCCUCUAUUUGAUUUGGAAUUGAGCUUCAAUGACUCUACUUACUCCACGCCACUCAUAUUUGUGCUUCCAGGUGCUGACCCACUUCAAAGCUUAACUGCCUUUGCCAUCGCUAAGAAGAAGCUUGAUACUAUGAAAUCUAUAUCAUUAGGUUAAGACCAAGGCCCAAAAGCAGAGAAAGCAAUAGAAGAAGCAAGAAAGAAUGGAGGUUGGGUGUUACUGCAGAACUGUCACUUAUAUCCAUCAUGGAUGCCUAAACUCGAAAGAAUAUGUGAGUCUCUAGACAUGAAGGCUCAGUCAGGCAAGGAAAUAGCUCACCCGUCAUUUAGACUAUGGCUAACUUCCUACCCCUCUUAAGACUUCCCAAUCCUGAUUCUUCAAAACGGCAUUAAAAUGACAAAUGAGCCGCCUAAGGGUCUGAAAGCCAACAUUAUGGGCAGCUUCAAAAUGGAGCCAAUAUCAGAUCCCAACUUCUUUAACAUUCACUCUAAGCUGCCAGUGUUCAAAAAGAUGCUCUUUGGUCUGUGCAUGUUCCACGCUAUCAUUCAAGAAAGAAGGAAUUAUGGAUCUCUUGGCUGGAACAUAAGAUAUGAAUUCACUGUCAGCGAUUUACACAUAUCUGCUAAGCAGCUGCAGCUAUUCGUGAACGACUACAAUGAAGUGCCCUACAAGGCUUUGAAGUACUUGACUGGAGAGUGCAACUACGGUGGCAGAGUCACAGAUGACAGAGACAGAAGAGUACUCAAGGCCCUUCUAGAAGAUUUUUACAACCCUCAACUACAUUAGGAAGGAUUUAAAGCAUUUGGAAUAGAAGAAUACGAAUUCCCUCAUGGAAACAUUCAUUAUGCUAAGUACCUAGACUAUAUUUCAAAGUUGCCUCUUGAAGAGCCACCUGCUUUGUUUGGAUUCCAUCCUAAUGCUAACAUCACCAAAGAACUAUAUGAAACAUCAGAACUAUGCUAUGACUUGAUUAAGAUGGGAGAAAUAGAAGGAGUUAAAUAAUGUGCUAUCGCAGCUGAAGUUCUCAAAAGAUAGACUGAAAGUUAAGUGUCUGGAAACUUCUCAGACAGCUCAUCAAUUAGAUCAGAUCCAAGAAGCAACAACCAAAAGUUCUUCUCUAACCAGUCAAGGUAGCUUACUAGAAAAGAAGAGAACAAGCAGUAAACACAGGAACUAUAAAAAUCUCCAGAACAGCAAAUUGAAAAAAUAUGCAAGGACAUUCUAUCUAAACUUCCAGCUAAUGUCUAUGACAUUGAGGCAGUCUAAGCUAAAUACCCGCUUGUCAGAGAAAACUCAAUGAAUACAUUCUUGGUCUAAGAACUAACCAGAUUCAAUAACCUACUGAAAGUCAUCUAGUCAACACUUAAGAGUAUCUUAUUGGCUUUAAAGGGUGAAGUGCUAUUGUCAGAGCAGCUUGAAAAGGUCUACAAUUCCUUACUGAUUGGAGAAAUUCCUUAGAUGUGGCUAGCCCAAAGUUACCCCUCUAUGAAGAAUGUUGCUUCAUAUAUCAAAGAUCUAGUACUGAGAUUAAACACCUUCUAGCAAUGGAUAAACAACGGAGCACCAAAUGUGUUUUGGAUUAGUGGUUUCUUCUUUACACAGUCAUUCUUAACUGGAGUGUUCUAGAACUUUGCUCGCAAGUAUAAUGUGGAGAUAGACACUCUAGUAUUUGAAUUCAGCUACUUGCAAGAAGAUCCAACUGAUUAUGAAAAUGAGAUAUUCACUAAUAAUAAGAUUCCGAAGAUGAAAACACCUGAGGAUGGUGCUUAUAUCAGUGGGUUAUUCCUUGAGGGAGCAAGGUGGGACUAUCAGAGAAAAAGUCUGGGUGAAUCUCAACCUAAAGUUUUGUUCAGUAAAGUGCCAAUUAUACAGUUACUACCUACAAAGGUAAAUAGAGUGAAAGAGGAAGAAUGCUAUGAGUGCCCAAUGUACAAGACUGCUGAACGAAAGGGUGUACUUUCCACUACUGGACACUCAACUAAUUUCAUUAUGAAUCUUAAAAUGCCUCUCGGAGGAAGUCCUAGUUCUCACUGGGUUAAGAGAGGUGUUGCAAUGAUCUGCUAACUAUCCAACUGA